AUGGCAACCGCAACGCAGACAGUGCAAGAUGUGCCGAAAGGUCCGCUUCCAGUAUACGAGCAGCCUGCAGAGUCGAAACAUGAUCUGGAAUGGGCGGACCUCGUCACUUUAGACCUCUCUCUUUUUGACGCUCCCGGCGGCAAGCAGAAGCUCGCAAACCAGCUGCGAGAUGCUGUCCACAAUGUUGGAUUCUUCUACAUCACGAACUUUGGCCUCAGUCAGGAGGAAGUGGACCGACAGUUCGCCAUCGGAAAGGAAAUAUUUGCCCUGCCUGAGGAGGAAAAGCUCAAGCAUCGUGCUGACCUGGAGAACGGCCAUUACUCCGGCUACCGCCCCAAAGGCACCAUCGAGAUGUUCCCAGGACUUCGAGACAACGUCGAAAUGUACAACGUCUUCAAAUUCCUUCCCGAACUCGAGCGAAGCCAGCCAGACGUCAUCAACAAGCAUCGUGCCGAGAUCGAGAAGUUCCAGCGCCACAUCGCCGAGGACACCGUGCAGAAGCUUCUGGUCCUCAUCUCCAUCGUGCUGGAGCUGCCGGAGGACACCCUCUCGAAUGGGCACAAGUAUGACGAUCUCAGCGACUGCCAUCUCCGGUACAUGAUCUACCGCGCCAGGACUCCAGAGGAGAAUGCGAAGUACCAGAACCUGUAUUCUCGUGGUCACACGGACUUCGGCAGUCUCACACUACUCUUCCGGCAGCCCAUUGCCGCGCUCCAGGUCAAUCUGCCGGACGGAUCCUGGAAGUGGGUCAAGCCGUAUCCUGGUAGCAUCACGGUGAACAUUGCCGACGUGCUUCAGUUCUGGACUGCGGGAUAUUUGAAAUCUUCGGUCCAUCGGGUUCGCUCGCCGCCUGAUGACCAGGCUCACCUCGACAGACUUGGCCUUCUCUAUUUUCUGCGUCCGGCGCACGAUCUCCCAUUGAAGACGCUCGAAUCACCAGUCUUGCAACGUCUCGGCCUAAUAGAUCCGAACGACACCGCAGCAGGUGUCAAGGCCGGAGAUUGGGUCAGGAUGAGGGUAAAGCAGAAUUCGGACAAGGCGGUCGAGGGCGGCCACAAGGAGAAGGAGGUUCUCGGAGGAGUGAAGGUCAAGUACUACGAUUAG